AUGAUGCAUGUGUAUUAUAUAAUAUUAUCUUUGAUCUUCGUUAUUCGAAGUAUAAUAACUAGUCAAAUUAAUAUUGAUAUACCAUCAAUUUCAACUUCACAUAUAUUUGAAAUAUCAUCAAAUAUUUCUCAAAAUCUUAAUCGUGAUGUACUCUUUGGACUUGUUGAUGGUACAUCAUCAUCUAUACCAUCAUCAAUACUUGUUCAAGCUUCUUAUAAAGAAUUUCAUAUCGAACGUUUUUUUAAUCUUUAUCAAUCAAAUAAUAAUAAUUAUCAACAAAAAAUACAAAAAGAACCUAUAUUUCGUAGUUAUUUAUUAACAUCAUCAUUUAAUCGAUCAUAUCCAUUUAUACGAGUAUUAAUUGGUUCAGUACAUGGAUCAUAUGAAUAUAUGAAUAUACAACCGAUGUGUGCUAUUGUAACAGCAGUUAAUGAACAAAAUCUAUAUGAAACACAAGCUUGUUUUAUAUCACCUUUAACAGGUUAUUGUUUAGUAACAAUAUCAGUAUUAAAAAUGGUUGAAUAUGUAAAUAAAAAUCAAACAAAAAAUAAAAUUGAAAUUUAUUUUAAACUUCAUCAUGUUGGAUCAAUAAAUGAAUGUAUUUCGGAUCAUACACCAAAACAAGAUCAUAUUCAUCAUGAAACACGUAUUGGUCAUGCUGAAUAUAUUGAUAAUGAUAAUAUAUUAUUUUCAACUAUAACUCGUUCAUCUAUUUCAAUUGAUUAUCCAAUUGGUAUUCAUUAUCCUGAUUGGUAUUUUCCAUUAAAAUUAAAAUUAAUUAUUUCAUCUUCAUUUCUAUCAUCAUUUAUAAUACGUUGUCGUUUAUUAUCAUAUUUUUCUAUUUAUUUAAUACAAACAAAUAUUCUUAAAAUUUCAAAUUAUCAUAUUCAAAUAAAUCAUAAUAUUUAUCAUCGAGAAUCAUUAUCUGAUAUUGAUUUUAAUAUAAAAAUAAAUCAUAUAAAUAAAACCUAUCAAAAUCAUAUAUUUGAAAUUGAUAUAGCAACAAUUAUGUUAAGAAUUAAUUCAACAAAUUUAUAUGAAAUAAAUCAAUAUAAUUCAAAUUCAAUUUUAUUUAUCGAUUGGUUUCUAUUAUCGAAUAAUUCAUUUCAUAAUAAUGAACCAAUUUUACGCGUUCCUAUUCAUGUACAAUAUGAUGAUAUUCAAACAAUUGUUGCAUUAACAGAUUUUACAAGUUUAAUUAAUACAGCAAUGUUAUCCAUGCAAACUCAACAAUUUCCAUUAAAAAUUCUUGCAGUUAAUUAUUCAGGAUCUAUUCAAUCUAUAUCACAAGCGGUAUGUCAUUCCGAAAAUAUUUAUUUAAUUCAAGUUGAUUCAACUUGUCAUCAUAUAUAUUUUUCUGGUCAAGAACGCGAUGAUUUUUUUGAUCAUAUUAAUAGUCCAACAUCAAUUGUUAUUCGUUAUGAAAAAUAUCUUCAACGUUUAUAUUUUACUAUUUAUAUUCCUGAAAGACCAUUACGUAUUGAAUUAAGUGAUACAAAAUUAUCUCGUAUAAAUGGAUGGUUUGUUACAAAACGUAUCGAUGAUGAUGAACAAAAAAAUCAAUCAUUUACAGAUGAUUUAGAUAAUGAAGAAGAUAAUGACGAUGAUAAUGAUAAUGAUAAUGAUGAUGAUGAUGAUGAUAUAAAAUGUUAUUCUGUUUAUCAACAAUCAUUUAUUUAUGUUUUUACAAAAUUUUAUCGAACUACUCAAAAUGGUGAUCGUAUUUAUUUAUUUAAUAAACUUAAUGUUCUUAUAACACCACUUGUUCGUGCACAUUUAGAAACCGAUAAUACACGUGUUGCUAUUAUUAAAGAUGAUAAAAUUAUUGGUAUUGGACCAGGAAAAACAAAUAUUCGAAUUUAUUCUUUUACAAAUAAACUUCCAAUGGGUUCAAAAACAAUUUAUGUUGAUGAUCAAGAAUCAGUAAAUAUAGUAAAUAUAUCAUUUAAUCUUCUUACAAAUAUUGAUUUUGAAACAAAUUUAAUUGAACAUAUUGAUCCAAUUUAUAAAGUUCAUUUUCAUAUAAAACCUAUUUUUAAUCAAUUUAAUAUAAAUAAUAAAAAUCAAUUUGGUCAAAUUAAUAUUAUAUUAACAUAUUCUGAUAAUACUUCAGUAUCAUUAGAUGAUAUACCAUCUGAUUAUUAUCAAUUUGAAAUUGAUAUGAAUCGUAUAAAUCCUUCAAUAAUACAUAUUAAUACAUCAAAAUCAUGGAAAAAUUUACAUAUUCGUCCAUUAACUACUAUUGGUCAAACAACAAUUUAUAGUCGUCUUAAAUUAGGUCAACAACAAUGUACAGAUGAUAGAAGUUUUUCUCAAAAUGAUCUUUCUUGUGAAAUAUUUAUUUUUUCAAAUAAUAUUCAUUCAUUUAAUAAUAAUAAUUUACAUACAUUAUCAUAUGAACAAAUGAAUAAUUAUUUUAUAUUAAAUAAUAAUAAUAAUAAUAAUAAUAAUAAUAAUAAUAUUGAUCAACGUAGAAAAACAUCACCAUUUCUAAUAGCAUUAUCAAUUUUAUUAAGUACAUGUGUUAUAUUAUGUCUUAUAUUUGUUUUACAUUGGUUUGUUAAUUAUUAUUAUCGACAAAAAUCUAAUAAACAUUCAAGAAGACAACGAAAUUCAACACAUAGUGGUGCUGAAGAAGUUAAUCAUGAUUGGAUAUUUCUUGAUAGAAAUUCAUUAGAAAUGCCAAUAAAACAACAAGAAAAUUCAUCAUCAAUACAUAAUUCAACACUUCAUAUAACAUCAAAUCCAAUAAAUAAUACAUCAACAACAUUACCACGACAAAAAGAUUUAUCUGAACUUACACAUUUACAAAUGAUUGCUUAUUUCGAGAAUCUUAAAGAAUCUCAUGCAUAG